CCAUGGGAUCUUUUCAUUUACCACCCGACAACAAUGUGUACAACAACGAAAUCAAAGUUAGGCUGAGAAGGACGAACAGUGACAAACAUAGCCAUGCUAUUAAAUAUUUCACAUUGUACGAUAGGGGGCAGCAAUACGUAUCAUGACCAAACCUUUCCUCAGAAAAACACGACCGAAGAAGCGUAGAAACCUUUCCACGCUGUGAUGACUUUGGUGUGAUAUUGCAGGCAUUGUCAACUUAAGUCUACCGUAAUGAACACAAUAAAAUAUAUAAUUCCACAUUUACUGGGAACAAGGAGUCAAUGCUGGGGUCAUGUGACACAGCACCUCAUAUCCAAGGGGAAUCAAACGCGAGCCAUCAGUUCUUCAGCUCUGUCAGCUUUCAAUGCAGGACACCUCACUCUGCGGCACGGAACGCUGACCACAAGUGCAGAGGGACUCGGUAUUUUUCAGCAGCUACCGUGGCAUUACCAACAGGUUCGAACUGGGAAACGGGGUACUGAGUACCAGCCUAGUAACAUCAAGCGGAAAAGGACCCAUGGCUGGAUUAAGAGAAUUAGCACACGAGGUGGAAUUGAGGUGAUUCUACGCAGAAUGCUUAAAGGACGAAAAUCCCUUACACACUGAGAAUCUAAAGUUGGACUUUGUUUGUUUGUUUGUUUGUUUGUUUGGUGGGGGGGGGGGGGGCGCUUAUCAUAGAGCGUGUUCAAUUGAACUACAAACUGAUUCAGAAAUUAAUAUGUAAGGAAUAAAGACUUUGAAGUGA